AGGGCGGAGCAAGAGCAAGAACGUUAGAAAUCACCAUCGACUCAUCCUCCCUGCAGCAGAAAAGUGCUGCCUCUAUACUGGGAUCCAGGCAGGAGUCAAUUUAUCCUUUGUACUAAAGAUGUCUCUGUCUAAGAAGUUGACUUUGGAUAAAUUGGAUGUUAAGGGAAAGCGAGUCAUCAUGAGAGUAGACUUCAACGUCCCCAUGAAGAAUAACCAGAUUACCAACAACCAGAGAAUCAAGGCUGCCAUCCCAAGCAUCAAGUACUGCCUGGAUCAUGGAGCCAGGUCAGUAGUUCUUAUGAGUCACCUGGGCCGACCUGACGGGGUUCCCAUGCCUGACAAAUAUUCCUUAGAGCCUGUUGCUGCCGAGCUCAAAUCCUUGCUGGGCAAGGACGUUCUGUUUCUGAAGGACUGUGUAGGCUCAGAGGUGGAGAAAGCCUGUGCCAACCCGGCAGCUGGUUCGGUCAUCCUGCUGGAGAACCUGCGCUUUCAUGUAGAGGAAGAAGGAAAGGGCCAAAGUCCUUCUGGGGAAAAGAUUAAAGCUGAACCUGAUAAAAUAGAGGCCUUCAGAGCAUCGCUCUCCAAGCUAGGGGACGUCUAUGUCAACGAUGCUUUUGGCACUGCACACCGAGCUCACAGUUCCAUGGUGGGAGUGAAUCUGCCCCAGAAGGCAUCUGGAUUCCUCAUGAAGAAGGAGCUGGAUUACUUUGCCAAAGCUUUGGAAAAGCCAGAGAGACCCUUUCUGGCUAUACUUGGUGGAGCCAAAGUGGCAGACAAGAUCCAACUCAUCAAAAAUUUGCUGGACAAGGUCAAUCACAUGAUUAUUGGUGGUGCAAUGGCUUACACUUUCCUUAAGGUGCUGAAGAACAUGGAGAUUGGUGCUUCCCUGUUUGAUGAAGAGGGAGCCAAGAUCGUCCAAGAGAUCAUGGCCAAGGCAGAGAAGAAUGGUGUAAAGAUCACCUUUCCUGUUGACUUUGUCACUGCUGACAAGUUUGAAGAGAAUGCUAAAGUUGGACAAGCCACUGUAGAAUCUGGCGUCCCUGCUGGCUGGAUGGCAUUGGACUGUGGUCCAGAGAGCAUUAAAAACCACGCUCAAGUGGUGUCCCAGGCAAAGCUAAUUGUGUGGAAUGGACCUUUAGGGGUGUUUGAAUUGGAUGCCUUUGCAAAGGGAACCAAAGCCCUCAUGGAUGAAAUUGUGAAAGCCACUUCCCAGGGCUGUGUCACCAUUAUAGGGGGUGGGGACACUGCUACCUGCUGUGCCAAGUGGAACACUGAAGAUAAAGUGAGUCAUGUGAGCACCGGAGGGGGUGCCAGCCUCGAGCUUCUGGAAGGGAAAAUCCUUCCUGGAGUAGAAGCCCUCAGCAACCUGUAG